AAUCCUUCGUUCAUAUUAGCACACUUUACCUGUGCAUAUUUACUUCACAGCAUGUCACAAAAAAACAAAGCGAUGCAGGACCGAAUACUGGGAAUAUCAGUGUCAAACUCCUCCCCCGGUGAUGUCGUGAAAAAUCAGAUCCACCUUCAAUUACUGCUGUCCAUAUUCUUGGUGCUUCCUCUGCAAGCUCUUCUCUGAGAAGUCAUGAGAGUUAUACCCUGAUCCGAUCUCCUCUUUAAAAAAUAGACAACCAAAACCGUGUAAAAAAAUAGUAUGGGGGAUCAGAAGGAAGUGACCAUGGUCCAGAGAUCCACUUCAUUCAGCAUCAAGAGUCUGCUGCUCCCGUCUAAAAGCGAGGCGCGUCCUGCGGAGCUGUGCGAGAGAAGCGCGUUUUCAGCAGGAUCUGAUUCAGAAAAACCAAGAGAUCAGACAAGAGACAUGGAGCAAACGGAAAAGUCAAAGAAGGCGGAUGAUAAAGUGAGUGAUAAAGGGGAAUCCGGUAAAACCGGCAAACUCGACAAGCCUCCGUUCAGCUACAACGCGCUGAUUAUGAUGGCCAUCCGCCAGAGUCCUGAGAAGCGACUAACCCUGAACGGCAUCUACGAGUUCAUCAUGCAGAACUUUCCGUAUUACCGGGAGCAUAAACAAGGAUGGCAGAACUCCAUCCGACACAACCUGAGCCUAAACAAAUGCUUUGUUAAAGUCCCAAGGCAUUACGAUGACCCUGGGAAAGGGAACUACUGGAUGCUGGAUCCUUCAAGUGACGAGGUAUUUAUAGGAGGGACGACUGGAAAACUCCGCCGGCGUUCAGCUACUUCACGAGGCAAGCUGGCCAUGAAACGGGGUCUGCGAUUUGCACCGCUCGGGUUUGGAAUAAACGACAGAUCGAGCAAUCCUCUGUACUGGCAAAUAUCCCCCUUUUUAUCCCUACAGCCUCCGUCUUACAACGCUCCAGCAUCCGGAUUUCUAAAUCACGGCCAUGCUUAUGGUUCACUCAUCCCCGGAGUGGAUCAGCUUGGAAACGGUGAGCUUGCGCGGCCCAUUCUCAGCUCCUCCGGUGGUCCUCUCGGUUUCACGAACACUUAUGGGAUGAGUUCGUCUCCGGUCGGGUUAAUACAGAGUCAGCAUAGUUACUUAGGAAGCCCGCAGCAGCGGCAGCAGCCCGCACCCCUACACCAAAGCGCGUCACCGUUCGGCGUCUCCGCCACUUCGGCGCGAUCGCUGAUCUCGGACACUCUCAGAGCCACGUUACCUUCUUUCAGCCCCGUAGGAUCAAGCGACUUCCCCGGAGUUUUAUCUCAGCACAAAAGGGGCCUUCCUCAUUCAUAUUUAAACUGAUAACUGCGCAAUUUUGUAGGAAUUAUAACGAAAUUACGCACACGAAAGACUUCACCGAGCUCCUGGAGUUUUCACCUAACCAAAAAAUGUCACUGAAUUGUUUCUGAAACUGAACUUCAGCUCCACAAAUGACCAUUCAAGCAAAAUGCGCAGGAAAAAAGUAGGAUCCCAAAAGUCCAGUUUUAACCUUUCAAUCACAGACUGUUUGCCUUUUUUUAAAAAAAACCUUUGUUUCAAAGCCUGUAUCUAGAUUUGCCAAAGGUAAAUUCUA